UACUUACUUAUUUUUUCGCUUUACGCGAUUUUUAGUUGAUUUUGUCUAUUGUCAGCGCGGCGUUUGCGUAAAGUGAAAUCAAUAGUCUUAUUGUUUUAUUUAAGUAGCUGCUGCUGUAGCUGGAUAUAGGACAACGUAUCUAACCAGAAUAACAAAACGUUUCAACACGAGAAGAAUACAUACCGGAACAAAAUAUUUAUUAAAUAAAUAUAACUAAGUCGGUGUGAAUAAAAAGUAAAUAGAAAAUAUGAACAAGGAAGAAGAAUAUACAUCGGAAAGCGAAAACGACGAAGAUUAUUGCAUUGACGGUGAAAAUGUUGACUCGGGAAGCGACGAUGAUAGCGGCAAUAAUGACGCUGAGUCCGAAAACUACGAUUCUGACGAUAAACCUUCCAAAUCCACCAAGAAUCAGAAAAAACAUAUUUCCUCUAAUGUCUAUGAAUCUGAAAGUGCCAUACCUCGCAAAACAAGACAAGGAGACAGGAACAAAAAUGAUCGCAUAAAUAUGGAAAAAGACGAGCUGGAGUCAGAUGAGGAAACAGAUAAAUCGCGUUCCAAUGCGCUCUGGGCUGACUUUUUAAGCGACGUUGGGACAGAGAAACAAAUUCAACAUAAGACGAAAUCUGUGGAGACACCAGUAGAACCCACCGACGACACCAAGAUUUCUUCAAAGAAACUUACCCCAGCAAUUAACCAUCGAGAAGACACUUCUAAAUGUUUAAAUACGAUUUUCGAUGUAGAAAAAAGUAAGGACUCCACCAAUGCAAAGGAAAACCAACAGCAACCUGCAGCCACCAGUUCGAAAUGCUUCCCUCGUGUAUCCAAAAGACCGCAAAUUGGAAGUGGAGUUGGCUCUUUUCUAAAUCAACUGGGGAAAAAAAAGAAACUGUCUGUGCUGGAAAAGUCGCAAAUGGAUUGGAAAACUUUUAAAACAGACGAAGGUAUCAAUGAGCAGCUGAGCACUCACAAUAAAGGCAAGGAUGGUUAUUUAGAACGGCAGGACUUUUUACAGAGAACCGAUUUGCGACAAUUUGAAAUUGAGAAAAACUUACGUCAAACGCGCCGGCAAAACUAAGUCCUGUCUCGGCAAUACUCGGCUAUUCCCUUUUAUGGAAUUUUCAAAUAAAAAUCCAUAUACCGAUUACAUUCUAAAUUUAAGUGAAAUAAUAUUCAAUCCAAAUAGAACGUUUUGAGAUACAUAUAUUAUUUAAGUCUACGUAAACUACUUUGAAUUUUGCAAGCACGGUAGCCACAUCGAAAACGUAGCCACAUCCGAAUUCGCCAACAAAAUUUAAAAACAUCGCAAACUUUGUUAAGAAAUCCGAAAAAUUAUUAAUGGCUUAUAAAUUUAUAUAUUUCUCUAACUAACACUGCCUGUUUUUCCCAUUAGAUCUGCAUCUGGUCUCACAAAUCUUUUAGUUAGUUACACUUAAGUCUAGUAGAACCAAAGUAGUAGACCAUAGGUAAAAAUAUCGACAAUUUCAAUAAAAUAAAAAAAAAGUUUAGGCGAAAAAUCGCCAAGUGUGGCAACCGUGAUUGUAAUGUAUAAUUUAGUUAUUUUGAUUGAACAAAAAAUCCGAGAAAUACUACUAACUGAAUGGCUUUUUUCUUAGCCUAGAAUCAAAAAGAGUUAUCCUUUCUUCAUUAUUUGAAUCUACAUAUGUUAUAAGGAUAAGAGUAUUUUAUUUUUUAUUUAAAUGAAAAACUUGAGAGAAUAUACAUAUGUAUGUAUAAUAUACAUGUAUAUUGAUUAGUAGAUUUCUUGCUAGGUACAUCCAGCAGCGCACAGCGCAACACUUCUUGUUUGACAAUGAGAUCCAUCAGUGACUGAAGCUUUUGUCUGAGAGCACGGGAUUGUCUAGGAAGUAUUAACUGAUUAUAUUAUCUACCCCUUUAUCUUGAAUGAACGUAUUCUUUUGAGCGGAGUUUUGGUCUGAUUAAAACCUGACAGCCUUUCAAAAUAGAAUUGUCCUAGAUACUUCGAAAAAAUUUUCAGUAUGCGUAAAACUCUUUGAGUACGAUGACCAAAUUCGUAAUUCUGCUGGGCAUUAAUGGCAUUUAGGUGUUGCUUCAAACAGCUCGGAGACUAUAGUCUUAGAAGAAGUUUCGAGUCAAUCUGUAAUGACGUCCCAAUCAUCGGCAUAUUAAUUCUGCGAAUUCGUAUGGUACACAGCGAAAAAUAAACAAAAACGGUUCUUGAAGCGGUUGGAAUAUAGUGUGCAGAACUUUUAGAAUUUAUGACGUACACAGCCCAUCUUAAAAUCUCUCGCAUCUCUGAAAUUGAUGAGAUCUAGCAUCUAAGCAUAUUUGCAUUUGUAAAUAAUAUAUGUACAUACAUGCAUAAAGCUGAAAUUAGAUUAUUUAUAAGUUACAGACAUCAAAAGGGUUCAUACAUUUGUAAUUCCUUGGUUCCAGUUGGUUAUCAAUAGGUAAAACUUCCAUAAAACGAAGCAAUAUUUCCAGAUUUUCAGACCAAGUAGACCCCGUGUGCUGUUGAAGAAGGAAUGACACUAAAAAAUACCACGCAGCAAAUGCAGUGCCGACCAAAAUAACUCAAACGUAACCGAAACCGAUCCCAAUCGUCGACUCUGCGUUAUACUCGUAUGCACAUAUUGCUGUAACACCAGUCUCUGGUCGUUACGUUAAGCAGCGCCAAAAAGCAAGCCCAACGAUCAGUUUGUUUCAGUUAACCCGCCGAGAAACUUCGUAAAGGCAAGAGCUCAAGCUCCGAAGAAAAGUGAAAAGUCUUGUGGUUUUCGUUUCGUUUUUGUUUGACAAAAGUGUCAAUUGGCCAAUAAGUUCAAUUGGUUAGCGACGACGCGUCGGUAGCCGAAGUCAUACUUACUACCCCAAAAGGGGCAACUGUUUAUUGUGGCUCCUCGCCGUUGCUCUUCUGUCCCCUUUUGGUGGCUGGCAACCACGACUUCGAAGCUCGACGUGGGGAAUAUGUUUCAUUUGUAUUAUCACUGUAUCAAAAUCGAAUAUUAAGUAAUACGUCGGCAUUGGUGAAAGUAUGUUAAUAGCUUUGCAUAUGCGUUAAGAGUGCCGCGGACAAAGCUAUCCCAGUGACAAAAAAUACAAAAAAAAAGCCCGUGCCUCGGCCGGAGACAAAACUCAUCUCGAAUCCAAGUUGAUGCAUAUGCAUGGAAGGUUAAAAGUGCAGCACAAAUAAACAGAAUUGAACAUGCGACUGUGCAAAAUCAAUCUCAAGUAAUUUGAAUAACUCGCCCAACCAAAGCGAAUCCAAGUGCUCCGAUUCACAAAGCUAAGACCUCGUCGUUGCAUUAGGUAUGAGCCUACCAAUUUGGUAAUGGUACUGCAACACAACAUGCAUCGAACUGUCGGCUUGUUGUUGAUCCUAUGUACCUGCUGCGCACUGGCGGCGGACAUUCUAAUGGCUACGCAAGGUGGAACCAAAUCACAUAAGAUACCAUUUUGGGAGCUGGCCAAGGGAUUAAUAGCCAGGGGACAUAAUAUUACCUUCCUAAAUGGGUUCCCAGCAGAUUUUCAUAUCGAAGGCCUACAGGAGGUGACACCAGCUGGCCUGGUUGAAUACAUUCAGAACUAUACGAAUUGGGAUCUUUUGGGUUCACGAAUGGCUGGAGAAAUGCCUAUAAAGCCGUGGGAUGGUCUUCGGUAUGCUUUUGAGUCGUGUGAUGCUAUGCUUGGCGAUGCGGAAACCAAAGAUUUGGCGAACCGUAGCUUUGAUCUAGCCAUAUUGGACGGAGCUUUUCCAGAGUGUGUGCUGGGACUGGUACAUCAAUACAAAAUUCCAUUCAUGUAUAUAAAUACUGUAGGCUUCUACACAGGAAGUCUCUCCGUAGCGGGUAACCCCAUUAGCUAUGCCAUAACUCCAAACUUUUACUCGCGCUUCACUGACAACAUGAGUCUCUACGAGCGGGCAAUCAACACGGGAAUGCAGAUCGGACAAAACCUAAUGCACAUGUAUGUUAUGCGCAAAACGCAUCUUGUCCUGCGUCAACAUUUGGGCUCCCAAAUACCACAUCCCUACGAGAUGUCACGCAAUGUAAGCUUUAUUCUGCAAAACGGCCAUGCAGUGGUGUCAUAUCCCAGAGCUCUCAAUCCUAAUGUAGCAGAGGUUGCUUGCAUACAUUGUAAGCCCGCUCGAAAGCUUCCCAAGGAUUUGCAGGACUUCAUUGGGGCUUCCGGAGCCUCUGGCUUCAUUUACGUGUCGAUGGGGUCUUCGGUAAAAGCUGCCAAUAUGCCAGAGUCGUUACGUCGUAUGCUAGUCAAGACAUUUGCCCGCCUUCCCUAUCAUGUACUAUGGAAGUACGAAGGAAGCUCCGCAGACAUGCAGGACCUGACGUCAAAUGUGAAACUAUCACGAUGGUUGCCGCAGCAGGAUAUUCUGGGCCAUAAAAAGCUGCGAGCCUUUGUCACUCAUGGGGGCUUAUUGAGCAUGUUUGAAACAGUCUAUCAUGGAGUGCCCGUGGUAACCAUGCCUGUUUUUUGCGAUCAUGAUGUAAACUCCGCUAAGGCUGAGGCCGAUGGCUACGCCAUUAAGUUAGACCUGGAGACACUAUCGACGAAUCAGCUCUACAAGGCCAUUAUGAAAGUGAUACACGAUUCCCGAUAUAGGAGUGCUGCCAGAUAUCGCCAGAACCUCUUGCUUGAUCAGCGCUCGACAGCCCUUGAGACUGCCAUAUACUGGACGGAGUACGUGCUCCGCCACAAGGGCGCCUAUCAUCUUCAAGCUCCAGCACGCAAUAUGCACUGGUCUCAAUACUAUCUACUAGAUGUUCUUCUUGUUUAUCUUCUUGCCUUGUACGGGCUCUUCUUGUUAAUCAAGCGCCUCGACUUCCGCUCGGAGAAGCUGCGCAGCCUACACGUACCUUCGACUGCCGCGCCUACAGCCGGCAAAACAAAGUCGAAGAAGCUGUAACUGGAUCCCACCCUUAGAUAACUGAUUAGGCCGUAUAUCAGUUUAAAAUUUGAGCUUAAGUGGGUUUUGUUGUGAUGUGCGUCCAAAAAGGCUCAAACUUGAAAAAUUGUAGCUUUCUUUUCUUUAUAUUGACGGGAGAAAUUACCUUGUAAAUAUUUACUUUAUUUAUAAUGACCGAAAAUGACUUUUCCAAUAGCCUAGAAAAAAUUUGAUCAUGGAACAUUGAAACCAAAGUCUACAAAACAAAAUGUCGAGAAAAGUUAAAACGAAAUAAAGCUUAAAUCAUAAGUGUUUAAUUGUAAAA